GUGUGAUUGGACUUGACAUGUGCGCUUCAGCUGCGGGGGCUGUGGGUGGCUCCCCUGCCCUCCCCGCCUGCCUGCCUGCCUGCCUGCCUGCGCGCGUGCGGACGGACGGACGGGCGAGCCGCUCUUUCCUCCAUGCAGUCCUCGGCACGGCCCGGGCUUUUGCCUGGCAGGAGGGUCCCUUGCGAGGCGGGCAGACGAGGGGGUGCAGGGGCGCUGCCCCCCGGCCCGGAAGCCCCCCCAAAGUUCCUGCGGCCCGUGGCUGAAGCCCCGCUGCUUUUGUGCUUGGUCCUCUAAGGCCCCAGAAGACGGGAGCUGCCCGCUGCCCAGGAAAGCGCCGCCGCCGCCGCAUCCGAAGCCCCCCGCUGCCGCCUCUGCCGCCGCCGCCGGAGCCCUGGAAGCCCCCGCUUGCCAUGUCCUACCCCCAGUUUGGCUACCCCUAUUCUUCGGCACCCCAGUUCCUGAUGACCACCAACUCCUUGACCACUUGCUGUGAGACCAGUGGCCGGACUCUGACGGACUCGGCGGCGGCGGCAGCUUCGGCGCAGGCGCCAGUCUAUUGCCCGGUGUACGAGAGCCGGCUGCUGGCCAACUCGGCCGCCGCCGCAGGCGUCUACGGGAGCCCCUACCCCGGCAGCCAGGGCUACGGCAACUACGUCGCCUACGGGAGCGAGGCCUCCGCUUUCUACUCCCUGAACAGCUUCGAGUCCAAGGAAGGGAGCGGGUCUGCGCAUGCGGGGCUGGCUCAGGCGGCCGCUUAUUACCCCUACGAGCCCACGCUCAGCCAGUACCAAUAUGACAGGUACGGCGCCCUAGACGGGGGCACCCGGCGGAAGAACGCCACCCGGGAGACCACCAGCACGCUGAAGGCCUGGCUGCAGGAGCUGCAGGCCCCCUACCCGACCAAGGGCGAGAAGAUCAUGCUGGCCAUCAUCACCAAGAUGACCCUCACGCAGGUCUCCACCUGGUUCGCCAACGCCCGCCGCCGCCUCAAGAAGGAGAACAAGAUGACCUGGCCGCCCCGCAACAAGGGCGCGGACGAGAAAGGGCCCUUCUGCCGCAAGGACGACGACGACGAGGAGGCCGCGGCCGGCGCCGACGCCCUCAAGAGCCGCAAGCUUCCCGAAGCGCCCAGCAAGGAGGACAAAGAUCUGGCCUUGAGCGACCUGGAGGACUAUGACCCGCUGGAGUCGGAGAGCUCGGAGGGCGAGCUGAAAGCGCCCGCCUUCGGCCACGUGGAGACAGACGUCUGCCUCGACGAGGCCUGCAAGGAGUCCGCCCGCGACGGCGCUCUGGAGAGGGCCAAGGCGGCGGGCCCGGAGGGCUGCGGGGCGGCGGAGCUGCUGGGGGGCCGGGCGUCGAGGGCCGGCUGCGAGGCCAAGCAGUGCUUCCACCACCAGCAGCAGCAGCAAGUCCUGGAGGCGGGCAAGCCGCGGAUCUGGUCCCUGGCGCGGGCGGCCACCCUCCUGCCGCAGGCCGAGUUCCCGUCGUGCAUGCUGAAGCGCCAGCAGCAGGGGGCGCCGAGCGCCGCCCGCGCCCUGGCCUCGCCCGUGGGCAGCCUGCCCGAGCGACCCACCAAGGAGUCCCCGGUGGCCAACCUCAGGAACUGGGUGGACGGCGUCUUCCACGACCCGCUCUUCCGGCACAGCACUUUGGGCCACUCCGCGGCCUCCUGGGCCGGCCCCAAGGGGGGCGCCGCCUCCGCCUCCUCCCCUCUCUUGGAGACAGGCGCGGCCGCCGCCCUGCUCAAGGCCGGCCAAAUGGACCCCGGCAAAGACCUCCUGGCCUUCCCCAAAGCCGGCAGCAGGAUGUUCUGCUCCUAGCGGCCGGACCCCGCCCGACUCCCCCCGGAGCCAGUGGGGGGGGGGGGGAGAGGCCGGCCGAGGACUGUGGCGAGGCAGGCUGGGGGACAGGCCCGCCGGAAGAACUGGAGAUCGCGUUCCAGUGGAGAGGGUUGCUUCUCCGGUCCCGACACAGGCCCGGAUUCUCCAAGCGCUGCGGAGGGACAAUGCAGCGGCCCGCCGGAUUGUCGGAGGGGGGUUGCCGCUUGGCCCCGACCUUGAAGCGGCCGGCGACCCUCCUGACUCCCAGAGCGCCCCCCGCUAGUCCUGCCCCCGCGGGCCUCAGCGAGGCGCCUGGUUGGAGUCCCGCUUCUUCUUCGGGGGAGGGGAAGGGACUUGUGGGGCUUCUUGGGUUUUUUUUUUUUUCUCAAUGUGGCAUGCCAAUCUUAGUUACCAAAAAACAACGGGGGGGACUCCCUCGGACCUUCCCCCCCUCCCCUUUGCAUAGUUAGCCUCUCGUCCGCGCAAAAGCAGCACUUGGCACUCCUCCGAGCACUCCGGCACCCGCGCACGCACUUUGAGCGGAACAAAGAAACGGGGUCCAAACGGCCUUGUUCACUGCGACAAUAAAUGGUCUCUGUCUCGCA